CAGUAGAUUUUGGAAGAUUAUUCUUAAUCACGUCAAAAUGUUAUAUCAUUGCACAACUUAAAAAUACAUUUUGUUUUCGUGUAAAAGUGAAAAUUCUCUUUAAUUUUAUUUUACAAAUCCUAAUGGUACUGGAAAUGUCGCAACUACAAAAGUUAUCGGAGCACUUUACAACCAAUUUCGUGCUAAUGUGCUAACCUAUACUUUUAAAGGCAAAUGUGAACUAAAAUAAUUAAUAUUAAUAUCUGCUCAAGUUACACAAAUUAAUUUUUUUUAAAUCAAUAGACUAGUGAACAACGAUCUUCAUAGCUCAUGGUGGAUUGUGAACAAAGAAACCCAUUACUCGAGGUCCAAAACUUAGCAUGGCCUCGAAAAGCUCUUGCAACAGAAGACAUGUCCGUCUUCUGUGCGUUCUUCUACUACUCGGUCUAGCCCUUAUGCUCAUUUGGGGCAACUUGCAGCAGGCUCAUAAGCUUGUCCACACACCCAAAUCCGAUGGCCCGAAACCGCAGGGGUCGCCAGCUUUACACGCUGCAUUCCAGCUGGUGAAUGUGGAACCAUCGAAGAUUCCCAGGCGGGAGGACUCUCCCCGCACCAAAGACCUGCAGCUGUUGCUGAAGUGCCGGAAUCGAUCCCUCAAGUUCCAGAGACUGCAGCAUGGGGAGUUCUGGCUGCUCCAGAACCUGGUCAUUGGCCGAAGGAGUCGUCAUGUGGGCUGCGCCGAGUCUGUAACGUACACCACAAACGGGGACUACACCUUCUUCGACAAUCUUGAAACGGUGGUCUUACGUUGGCGUGCUCCCGUGAGCUUCGCCAUCCAUGCGCCUGGAUACGAUCUGAAUGCCACUCUGGAUGCGAUUCGGUAUGUCCGAAACUGUCUGCCGGGCAGCGAGAUCAUCAGGGACUGGGCCACCUUCCACGUGUACUUCUCCCACCAGCACAUGCCCGACUACGUGCCACAUGACGAGGCAGAGGUCCUGGGAGUGGCGCCCAGCUGCACCCAGGCCAAUGGAUCGCCGGUUCCGCCGCCCUACACCCUGGUCCCUCGCAGCGAGAGCUACAAGGCCAGGGCCAAUCUCACUUACCCCAUCAACGUGGGCAGAAACAUAGCCAGGCAGGCGGCCAACACACACUUCAUCUUCGCCUGCGACAUCGAACUGUAUCCCAGUCUGGGCUUUGUGGAUCAGUUCCUGGACAUGGUGGCCAGUGACCACAGAGUCCUGGCCCUGGACCCCCGGCAGCCGAGAAGGGUGUUUCCCCUGCCCGUCUUCGAGGUCGAGGCGGGAGUCCAAGUGCCCGCCGACAAGGCUGAGCUGCUGACCCUCUAUCGCAACCAGCAGGCACAGGUGUUCCACUGGAACCUGUGUCGCACUUGCCACAUGAUUCCCAGGCAACAGGAGUGGCUCAAUCAAACUUACAGCGGAGAUCGGCUGCAGUUGUUCAGCAAAACCCUGCGGAAAAACAAGUUCCGUGCCUGGGAGCCAUUCUACGUGAGCGACAACACGGAGCCACUGUUUGACGAGCGGGUUUCCUGGGAGGGAAGGUCGAACAAGCGCAUACAGAACUAUGCCAUGUGCCUAUUGGGCUACGAAUACCACGUUUUAAGUCCGGCAUUCCUAGUGCACAGUCCAGGGAUCAAAAAAUUCACCAAAAGUGAUUCUUCUCGUCUCAAAUUUGCGAAGGAGAUGACAAAAUUUAUCAAGGACAAAAUCGAGCCCGAGUAUCGAGUGCUGUUCGGACAAAACUCUGCCUGCACGACGUGACAUCAGGCUCAUUCAGCCGAUAAAGGAGUAUUAUUCUUAGCUUUAGCUUUUUGUUAUUUAGUUAAUUUGUUAUAUAGCUUAAGUUUUGAGAUGUUAGUUCUCAUAACAUCUUAGUACAAAGUUGAUUAUGAAGCAGAAAAGUACAAUUCUCUGAAGGAACACUUCAACGACUCAAAAAUAAAUAGUUCAAGAGGAAUAAUAAG